UGGCGAGGCCGCCCGGGGGUGCGAGCGGGCAGGCGGGGACUCCGGCCCGCCGCGCCACUAUGCUGCAGUGAGCGCUCGCGCCCGGCGCACUUGUCGCCGCGCCAGCCCCGCGAGCCGGCUCUCCCAGCCCCGCCAGCCCGGGCCCUACCUGCGGCCACCGUCGCGGGAGGGGGGUCCUCCCAGCUCCGCGGGGCCGCAUGAACAAUAGGCAGCGGCGGCUCCUGCGGGCGGCGGCAGCCCCGCACCCUAUGGAUCGGCCGCUCCAUGGAGCCCUCCAGAGCGCUUCUCGGCUGCCUGGCGAGCGCCGCCGCUGCCGCCCCGCCGGGGGAGGACGGAGCGGGGGCCGGGGCCGAGGAGGAGGAGGAAGAGGAGGAGGAGGCGGCGGCGGCGGUCCCCGGAGAGCUGGGCUCCGACGCACCGCUGCCCUACUGGACCGCGGUGUUCGAGUACGAGGCGGCUGGAGAGGACGAGCUGACCCUGCGGCUGGGCGACGUGGUGGAAGUGCUGUCCAAGGACUCGCAGGUGUCCGGCGACGAGGGCUGGUGGACCGGGCAGCUGAACCAGCGAGUGGGCAUCUUCCCCAGCAACUACGUGACCCCGCGCAGCGCCUUCUCCAGCCGCUGCCAGCCCGGCGGCGACGACCCCAGUUGCUACCCGCCCAUUCAGUUGUUAGAGAUUGAUUUUGCGGAGCUAACCCUGGAAGAGAUUAUUGGCAUCGGGGGCUUUGGGAAGGUCUAUCGUGCUUUCUGGAUCGGGGAUGAGGUGGCCGUGAAAGCAGCUCGCCAUGACCCCGAUGAGGACAUCAGCCAGACCAUAGAGAAUGUUCGCCAAGAGGCCAAGCUCUUCGCCAUGCUGAAGCACCCCAACAUCAUUGCCCUCAGGGGGGUGUGUCUGAAGGAACCCAACCUCUGCUUGGUCAUGGAGUUUGCUCGUGGAGGGCCUUUGAAUAGAGUGUUAGCUGGGAAAAGGAUUCCCCCGGACAUCCUGGUGAACUGGGCUGUGCAGAUUGCCAGAGGGAUGAACUACUUACACGAUGAGGCCAUUGUCCCCAUCAUCCACCGCGACCUUAAGUCCAGCAACAUAUUGAUCCUCCAGAAGGUGGAGAAUGGAGACCUGAGCAACAAGAUUCUGAAGAUCACUGAUUUCGGCCUGGCUCGGGAGUGGCACCGAACCACCAAGAUGAGUGCGGCGGGGACGUAUGCUUGGAUGGCGCCUGAGGUCAUUCGUGCCUCCAUGUUUUCCAAAGGCAGCGACGUGUGGAGCUACGGGGUGCUGCUUUGGGAGCUGCUGACUGGCGAGGUGCCCUUCCGCGGCAUCGAUGGCUUAGCGGUAGCUUAUGGAGUGGCCAUGAACAAACUCGCCCUUCCUAUUCCUUCUACGUGCCCAGAACCUUUUGCCAAACUCAUGGAAGACUGCUGGAAUCCCGACCCCCACUCACGACCGUCGUUCACCAAUAUCCUGGACCAGCUCACUACCAUAGAGGAGUCUGGCUUCUUUGAAAUGCCCAAGGACUCCUUCCACUGCCUGCAGGAUGACUGGAAACAUGAGAUUCAGGAGAUGUUUGACCAACUCAGGGCCAAAGAAAAGGAGCUUCGCACCUGGGAGGAGGAGCUGACUCGGGCCGCGCUGCAGCAGAAGAACCAGGAGGAACUGCUGCGACGUCGGGAACAGGAGCUGGCCGAGCGGGAGAUCGACAUUCUGGAACGGGAGCUCAACAUCAUCAUCCACCAGCUGUGCCAGGAGAAGCCCCGGGUGAAGAAACGCAAGGGCAAGUUCAGGAAGAGCCGGCUGAAGCUCAAGGACGGCAACCGCAUCAGCCUCCCCUCCGAUUUCCAGCACAAGUUCACGGUGCAGGCCUCCCCCACCAUGGAUAAAAGGAAGAAUCUUAUCAACAGCCGCUCCAGUCCUCCUGCAAGCCCCACCAUCAUCCCCCGCCUUCGCGCCAUCCAGUUGACACCGGGCGAAAGCAGCAAAACCUGGGGCAGAAGCUCGGUCAUCGCGAAGGAGGAAGCGGAGGAGGAGGAGAAGAGGGCCUCGAAGAAGAAGGGGCGGACGUGGGGGCCAGGGACACUUGGUCAGAAGGAGCUUGCCUCAGGAGAUGAAGGAUCCCCUCAGAGGCGUGAGAAAGCUAAUGGUUUAAGUACCCCAUCAGAAUCUCCACAUUUCUACUUGGGCCUCAAGUCCCUGGUAGAUGGAUACAAGCAGUGGUCCUCCAGUGCCCCCAACCUGGGGAAGGGCCCGAGGAGCAGCCUGGCCCUGCCUGGGUUCACCAGCCUUAUGGAGAUAGAGGAUGAGGACAGCGAAGGCCCGAGGAGUGGAGAGAGUCGUCUACAGCAUUCACCCAACCAGUCCUACCUCUGUAUCCCAUUUCCUCGUGGAGAGGAUGGGGAAGGCCCCUCCAGUGACGGAGGCCACGAGGAGCCGACCCCAGUCAACUCGGCCACCAGUACCCCUCAGCUGACGCCAACCAACAGCCUCAAGCGAGGCGGCCCUCACCACCGGCGCUGCGAGGUGGCUCUGCUGGGCUGCGGGGCUGUCCUCGCGGCCACAGGGCUAGGGUUUGACUUGCUGGAAGCUGGCAAGUGCCAGCUACUUCCCCUGGAGGAGCCUGAUCCACCAGCCCGGGAGGAGAAGAAGCGGCGUGAGGGUCUUUUCCAGAGGGCCAGCCGUCCUCGCCGGAGUACCAGCCCCCCAUCCCGAAAGCUCUUCAAGAAGGAAGAGCCCAUGCUGUUGCUAGGAGACCCCUCCGCCUCCCUCACGCUGCUCUCUCUCUCCUCCAUCUCCGAGUGCAACUCCACGCGCUCCCUGCUGCGCUCCGACAGCGAUGAGAUCGUGGUGUAUGAGAUGCCGGUCAGCCCGGCGGAGGCCCCACCCUUGGCCCCAUGCACCCACAACCCCCUGGUCAAUGUCCGAGUGGAGCGCUUCAAACGAGACCCGAAACAGUCUCUGACUCCCACCCAUGUCACGCUCACGGCCCCCACGCAGCCGAGUGGUCACCGGCGGACUCCUUCUGACGGGGCCCUCAAGCCGGCAGCUCUCCUGGCCAGCAGGAGCCCCUCCAGCAAUGGCUUGAGCCCCAGUCCUGGAGCAGGAAUGCUGAAAACUCCCAGCCCCAGCCGAGACCCAGGUGAAUUCCCCCGUCUCCCCGACCCCAAUGUGGUCUUUCCCCCAACCCCAAGGCGCUGGAACACACAGCAGGACUCCACCUUGGAGAGACCCAAGACGCUGGAGUUUCUGCCUCGGCCUCGGCCUUCUGCCAACCGGCAACGGCUGGACCCCUGGUGGUUCGUGUCCCCCAGCCACGCCCGCAGCGCCUCCCCAGCCAACAGCUCCAGCACAGAGACGCCCAGCAACCUGGACUCCUGCCUGGCCAGCAGCAGCAGCACUGUGGAGGAGCGGCCCGGGCUGCCCGCCCUGCUCCCCUUGCAGGCAGGGCCGCUGCCACCCACCGAGCGGACGCUUCUGGACCUGGACGCAGAGGGGCAGAGUCAGGACAGCACCGUGCCGCUGUGCAGAGCCGAACUGAACACACACAGGCCCACUUCUUACGAGAUCCAGCAAGAGUUCUGGUCUUAGCAUGAGAAGGGGCGGGGUGGGCAAGGGGGAAGCGGGAGGAGGUGGGGGGAGCUGGCUGGUACAGCCCUUUCUCAGAGUUGGGCCCCCCGUGAUCCAGCCCUGCUUCUUGCACUGAUAAUGCACUUUGAAGAUGGAAGGGAUGGGAACAGGGCCACUUCGGAGGGUCUCCUGCCCCGCAGGGCCCCUCUACUCCUGUCCACUGGGGGGACUGUGGCCAUCAGCUCUGGCCGUGUAGGGGAGGGAGGGGUGCAUGCAUGUCCCCCACCCUCCAGUCUUCCUCGCCUUUUGGGUGACCCUGCAGAGUUACUCAGCCAAAUCUGUCUGCUGCUCCCUGUCCUCAGCCGGUUGGGUAUGCCCAGAGCUAUUCUGGUUCCUCUGUCAGCCCUGAGUUUGGCCUCCCAAUGCCAGUAUUGGAGGUUCUGGGAUUGGCUUUGCUCCUCCUCCAUUCUCCCCAACACCCAUGAAUUGGAGGCUCAUUUGCUGUGAGAUCCAAGCUUUUCUGUGCUGUAAGCCCUCACAGGCCAGCUGGAAGACUGAAGGCCAGGUGGUCCAGGGUGGGGACAUAGGGUUGAUGGGCCUGGCACUACCUAUGUGCACUUACUCAUUUGAGCCCACAGGUGGAAAAGGGAACUGCCUCAGAGAGGUGAGCAUGGAGUGUUAGGAAAAGUACAGUCGUGUUACAGUGAAGAGGGUGACAGAGUCUGUCCUUGUUCCUUUUGGAAAUACUCAAAGAAGGGCAGAAACCAGCACCUAUUAAAGGUACCCAUCUACCUACCUGGGGUCAGGAUGUGGUCAGACCAGGUUCUGAUACAAACAUUUGCUCAUCCUAGGAAUAGUUUCUUGGGAGACUCACUCAUUGGUGCCAGUUCUGAAGUCAGAGACAAAGUUCUGCUAUUUGUUCCUUUUCUUGUCAAACUUUGUAUGUUAUUCCAUUUCCUGGGUUUUCCUUCCAAUCCCUGGACUCCUGGGCUUUAGGGUACGUGUUUGGUUAGUAGAUAUCUCUGCAAUGCAUCAGGAUAGCACAUGGUGGUGGGUUAUGGACACUCGGGGUUGGGGAUCCCUUGUCAGCCAGGCCAUACAUUUUGUGAUGCCCUUGAAGUAAAAUGGAGCCGUCGGUAGUACCUUCUGUAAAUGGAUGUGACAAAGUGAUGCUGUUUAUAAGGUGCCCAGUGAGCCACUGAUGUACAAUAGCCGUCAGGUUCAAGCACUGGAAAGUGACCAGGUCCUCCUUUGUCUCUGUGCACAGGUAGCCUAGUGCUGGGUAGGAAGGACACCAGAGGCCAACCCUGACUUUCCUGGAAUUAGUUUCCUUAGCUUGAAUGUUGAGCUACUUCUGCUUCUAAAGCUUUUUCAUGUCCAUCUUCACUGCUCCAUUACUCUGAGGCUUCCUGUGCUAUGUGUGAACAGUUGUCUUUAUGUGGGAAAAACAACUCAAUUGGAAGUAGAGUCUUUAGGUCAUACUCCUCUCCCCUUAAGACUCUAAAUGUUGCUUCACUGUCCUUUAUCUUGGAAUAUUUCCCUGGUGACAUUGUUCCUUGUGUUUGCUGCCUGGUGGAUGCCAGAGUCUGAGAGUGGUGCAGCCAGCGCCAGUGGGGGAUUUGGUCACGGCUCUUCCUCUGCAACUAGCUAGAAGUCCUGCCCUGGGGAUCACUAAAGAGUGACCUUGGCUUUCAAAUUGUUCCUUGCUUUAUGAGCCCGUGAGCACUUUGGUUCAAAGGUUCCACCACAUCUUGGGUGGGGAGGCACUACUGGUUUUGUUGUCCAGGGUUUUGUUAUUGUAUCUCAUCUCACUCUUUCUCUUUGUUCGACAAAGCCGAUAUGUAAGAAAUUAAUUUUGCCCCCAUACCUCUACUCCUCAGCUAGGAGGGGAAAAACGUGACUCCUAUCAGCAGUUCCAGCCAACCAAGUGACUCCUCGUCAUUGUUGAUGGAGAGAAGAACACAGAAUAGUCUGUCCUGGGCCCUCCACAGCCCCAUCCCCUAAGCCAUGAGCAUAUCUGUCUAUCCUUGGUGCCAUUAAACGGUCCUCUUGCAGGGUGCAGCCUAUAGCGAAAUCUAAACCAUGCUGGCUCCAGAUGGUGCUCUAUGGCAGGGAUUUUUCAUUUUUUCCUUUUUGCCAUUUUGUUAGGUUGCAGACAUCUUGCUCAGAAAGGUGUUGUGUCACUGACAUAGUGUAGACUACAUGGUGGCCACCUGCCAUAUGAGUGAGGGGUCGAACCCAAUUUCACUCAUCCAUCCAGGGGCCAGACCAGCGAAGGCAAAGCAGGAUUAUUCUGAAGGUACUGCUGUGGGCACCAUGAAGAUGGAGGAGUUAUUUUUUCCCAGCCCUUCCAAAGCCGUGUCUGGGGGUCCCUGCCUGCUGCAUCCCCUCUGUGGGCAGGGCUGGUGGUGGGCCUAGGACCUGUGGAGUUGCAGGUCUGAGUGAGUGGCUUUCUGUCCACGGGGUUCCCUCGCCCUGUGGCACGGUGGGGAGCAGGCCCUGGGGCCGUGGAUGGGGCACUGGUGGGGCAGUCGCCUGUCCCUCCUCACCCCUCCCUUCCCUGUCCUCAGAGACAGCAUUCCUUCUGCUCUGGGCAGGUUUCCCCAUGGAGGAUGUGACAGGAGCAGAUACUGUUCUCUGCCCCGCCCAGAGGCGCUUCAGCAACUGCUGCUGAUUCGGAUUAUCCUCUGUCCACCCGCUUGGGGACCCAGCCUGCUGCCAGGAGGCUAAGUAGGUAUCUCAGUUAUCCUUGUGUUAUUUCUAAGAGGCUUCGGUGGGUGCUCUUAACUUGGCAUCUUUUGGCAUCCGUGGAAUCUGGCAGCAGCAAUAAUAAUAAUAACAACCAUGAUGAUAUCCUCUAUUU